CACAUCCAGUCACAGGCCCAUUGCAUUAGCGGCUAACUAGACCCAUCCAUUGGUGACCAGCCCUAACUCGUACUUGAUGAAUCAAAGUUCUCGGUGCUCCGUCUCCCUUUCACUCACACACACACUGGCUCAAACACACGUACAACUGACGGAAAACGAAGAAACAUAGAAAAAUUGCUACCAGAUGGAGGAUUCGUCAUUUUUUGGUACAAUGAUGAAUCAGCUUCGUACAACGUGCAAAUAUUAUACUGGUUAUCCGAAGGAUCUCAGGCCAUCUCGGGUUAUUCAUUUUACCUCAGAGCGUGAGUUUGUGCAGCUUCUACACCAAGGUUACCCUAUGGUUGUGGCAUUUACCAUCAGGGGUAAUUAUACAAAACAUCUUGACAAAGUACUGGAGGAAGCUGCAGUUGAGUUUUAUCCGCAUGUAAAAUUUAUGCGCGUUGAAUGUCCAAAAUAUCCCGGCUUUUGUAUUACACGACAGAGGAAGGAAUAUCCAUUUAUAGAAAUAUUUCAUAGUCCAGAACAAGCGGCUAAUCAAGGGAGGGUUGCUGAUCCAAAUAUUACAAAGUACUCUGUGAAAGUUUUACCUUUCAACUACGACCUCAGUGCCUAUGGAUUUAGAGAAUAUUUCAAACGCCAUGGCAUACGGUCAUCUGAUUCCAAGUGAAUGAUGGUGAAGAAUCAAUUUGGUAUUGUACUUUAUUAAAAUGAAAAAGCAGUUCGGGGUUGAUUAUAAUAUUAAUUUUGAGAUUCCUUACAAAAUCUGGGUUUGAGCUCUGAAAAUAGCUAGGCAUCUAGUGCACUAUAACAGGUUAAAAAGAUUGCAAAAGCGCUGUUUUGCUAUAAACAAAUAUUUUGGUACUCACACCCCUCGGAGCAUUUAUAUGUUUCUCUUGGUCACCCUCACUAUUUCUUACACGAAACAUAUGUAAACACUCACAGUAAGUGAUCUAUUAUUUGGCAUUGUAGGUUCUUUUUAUUGUUUAGAGGCAUAUAUAUAUAUAUAUAAAAGAUAUUGAACAGUGGUUCCAUUUCAA